AUGUUUUCAAAAGCACGCUUGUUACAAAAUGUACCUGUCUACAAGUGCAGUAUCAGAACCAUGAAACAACGAAGAACUGUAAAUAAAUUAGUGGAGGUACAAUUACUAAAAACAUUACCUGGUAUUGGGGUAGAAGGACAGAUUUUACACGUAAAGCCAGGAUAUAUGAGGAAUUACUUGCACAUUGACAACAAAGCAUGUUACGUUACACCAAAUAGUCCACCUAGGCUUCCUGUAGUCGAUGUUGAGGAGUUGCGUCUUCAGGAACAAAAGAAGCAUAGACAACUUCAAAAAGAACAAGAAGUGAAGACACUAGAACAAACUAUUCAUGAGCUAGAAAAUGACAAGCAAGUAAGGGAUGAGUCUGAGGGUGCCAUGUCUCUUGAGGAGUUAUCAGAUUUAUUUAGCAGCAUGAAAUCCACCAAGAGAACGUCCGAGAAACCAGACUUGAAAGUCCAAUCAAAUAUUUUUGACGCAACAACAGGAACGAUACCAGGCUUAGAAAUGGAUGGUCACGAAUUUGAUUCGAUACAAGACAUCGACAACAAAUUGCCAAAAUUAUUGACCUUAGACCAUUCUGCAUUGCCUAUUAACAAGAAAGCGGUUGCCAAGCAUAUCGAGGACUUGACAGAGCGUAAUGUUGAUAUUUCUGGAUUGGAAUUGAGCUACAUAGAUACCCCGGAGGCCCACAUUGAUUCAAUCACAGAGGCAGGAAGAUUCCAAGUUAGGCUCAGGUCGGACGACGGUAAAUCUUUUGUUACAAGGGUAUUGGAAGUUGAAUAA